CACUGGCGUUAGCAAUGGCGGUGAUUUGGCAGCAAAAAUAAACAAUACCGCUUGCAGCUCGAUGCUGUCUAUAUUAUCGUCAUUCAUUUCAUGUCACAGCUGGUCGUCUGAGGUCUAUCCGUCGCAGAAAGGAAAAAUCUUCCUCUCUUUCAGUGUCAUUUGUAGGAGUCACUCCAGUGUUAUUGUUGAUACACAGUUAGCAGGAGCUGAAGCUAUAUUCUCAUUGUUGAGCACUGUGACGUUGUUAACUAUUUACUUAUGCCCCGGCGUCAUUUUCUGACCAUUAACGAUGCCGCUGGGUUUGAAACCAUGCUGUGCUGUCUGCAAGACCAAUUCCUCCUCGAUGUGGAAGAAAGGAAACCAGGGAGAGAUCCUCUGCAACAACUGCACGGCAAAGAGCAGCAGCGGCGGAGCAUCAGGACCCUCCGUCUCCUCCAACACUCAGCCCAGCAAUGGCGGGGGAAAGCAGUCUAAGCAGGAGAUCCACAGGAGGUCUGCGCGGCUGAGAAGCACCAAGUACAAAGCUCCGGCUUCUGAGAAGAAGGUGUCAACAAAAGGAAAGGGGAGAAGACACAUAUUCAAACUCAAAAAUCCAAUCAAAGCGCCAGAAUCUGUUGCAACAAUCAUCACGUCCGAAUCAGUAUUUUAUAAGGGUGUAUACUACCAGACGGGAGAUGUGAUCAAGGUCACAGACGAGGAGGACGGGAAGUCGUACUAUGCUCAGAUCCGAGGCUUCGUGCAGGACCAGUACUGUGAGAAGAGUGCUGCACUGACCUGGUUAAUCCCCACGCAGGCCAGCCCAAAGGACCUGUUUGAUCCGGGCACAUACAUUGUUGGUCCGGAGGAGGAUCUGCCCAGAAAGAUGGAGUAUCUGGAGUUUGUGUGUCACGCCCCCUCUGAAUACUUCAAAUCGCGGAGCUCUCCGUUCCCCACCAUCCCAAUCCGACCAGAGAAAGGCUACAUCUGGACCCACAUAGGACCCACACCAGCUCUCACUGUCAAAGAGUCUGUCAGUGGCAGCAGUUAACACAACUGUGAUGUGGACUCAGUCUGUUGCUUCUAAACAGACAUAUGUACAUUAUUGUAAUAUAAUGAAAACAAGAAAUGGUUAACCGUAGCCAUUACUGCAGAUUGAAGGCGACUUGAAACAAAGGAAACCAUGUGUAACCACAUUUCAAACACGUUGUUUACACAUUACUUUUGUAUUUAGGUAUAAACAAAAAAAAACAAAACUCUUUUCCA